AUGAUGGCAGAGACUCCCAAGAGAGGCCUGCAAUCCCCUAAGAAAUCCAAGCGUUUCAACGCCAAACCCUCGCCUUCUCUCACUCCUCCAACUCCACAAACCCUGACCACUCCUCGCCGGUCGGCGCGCCGAGCCUUGCUACACUCCGAUUCCACCGCCCCUCAGAAACUCUUCGAAGAGUCGACGAAGAAAACCUUGAGAAAAGAUGCAACGGCUGGAACAUUGAACUCCCAGCAAAAUGAUUCGCCCAAAACACGAAGAAAGGGGGAAAUUCCAAAAACCCCAAAAUCUGCUGGGAAGGGCAAGAAAUCGAAGCGUAAAGAGGAGGGAAAUUUGACUGAGGUUGAAGUUGCAUUCUUUCCAGAGACGCCAGGGCAAUCUGAGGCUAAGAAGAGGAAGAGGGACGAGGAGAGCAAGGUAGUUACACGCUCGAGGGCCUCAAAAAAUGUCAACUUUGAAAAGAACAAGGCAGUAUCAAGGAGACGGGUUUAUUAUAAGAAGGUUGUGUAUGAUGGGGGUGAAUUUGAGGUCGGGGAUAAUGUUUAUGUGAGGAGGAGAGAGGAUGCAAGCUCGGAUGACGAAUUGGUUGAAGUGGAUGAAUGUAGGGUGUGCUUUAAGUCUGGGAAAGCUGUAAUGAUCGAGUGUGAUGAUUGUUUAGGUGGGUUUCAUUUAAAAUGCUUGAAACCUCCAUUGAAGGAGGUUCCUGAAGGAGAUUGGAUAUGUGGGUUUUGUGAUGCUCGCAAAUUGGGAAGGGAAGUCAAGCUUCCGACACCACCAGAAGGGAAGAAAAGGGUUAGAACAUUGAGGGAGAAGCUUCUCUCGAGUGAUUUAUGGGCUGCCCACAUUGAAAGUAUAUGGAAAGAAGUAGAUGGUAUCUAUUGGUGUCGGGUACGUUGGUAUAUAAUCCCGGAAGAGACUGUGGCUGGAAGACAACCUCAUAAUUUGAGGCGAGAAAUUUAUCGCACAAAUGAUUUUGCUGACAUUGAGAUGGAGUCUAUUCUUCGACAUUGUUUUGUCAUGAAUCCCAAAGAAUAUUCCAAAGCGAAUGAAGGGGAUGAUGUUUAUUUGUGUGAAUAUGAAUAUGAUAUUCAUUGGCACAGUUUCAAGCGUCUUGCUGAAAUUGAUAAUGGUGAAGAGGAUGAUGAUGGAGCUGAAAGCGAUGAAGAUUGGAAACAUAGCAAAGACCCAGACUCUGAUACAGAAGAAGAAAUGGACUAUGAUGAGGAGAGCAAAAAAAAUAUACUAGCCAAACCAUCUAGAGGUCAUGAGUUUGCUGCAAAUUCACAGAAGGGGCGGUUCUUUGGACUUCAGAAGAUAGGAGUUAAGAAAAUCCCAGAGCAUGUAAGAUGCCACAAGCAGACUGAUCUUGAAAGAGCAAAGGCAGCACUUCUGUUGGCAUCAUUGCCUAAGUCUUUACCUUGCAGGGAUAAAGAAAUGUUGGAGAUAACUGCAUUUAUCAAAGAUGCCAUCUCUGAUGAUAAAUGUCUGGGACGUUGCCUGUACAUUCAUGGUGUUCCUGGAACUGGCAAGACAAUGAGUGUACUAGCAGUAAUGAGGAAUCUAAGAACUGAAGUUGAUGCAGGAAGUAUAAGACCCUACUCUUUUGUGGAGAUAAAUGGUCUAAAGUUGGCAUCACCAGAGAAUAUAUAUAGGGUUAUAUAUGAAGCAUUAAGUGGGCACAGAGUUAGUUGGAAGAAGGCUCUCCACUUGCUAAAUGAACGAUUUUCUGAAGGAAAGAAAAUUGGCAAAGAGGAUGACAAGCCUUGCAUUCUUCUCAUUGAUGAACUUGAUCUUCUUCUGACCAGAAACCAGUCGGUUCUAUACAACAUUCUUGACUGGCCUACUAAACCACACUCAAAGUUAGUUGUAAUAGGCAUAGCAAAUACCAUGGAUCUUCCUGAGAAGUUGCUUCCUCGUAUUUCAAGUCGUAUGGGAAUCGAAAGGCUUUGCUUUGGCCCCUAUAAUUACCAACAGCUUCAAGAGAUAGUUUCUAGUCGUCUUAAAGGAAUUAAUGCCUUUAAGGAACAAGCUAUAGAAUAUGCUUCAAGAAAGGUAGCAGCUAUUUCAGGAGAUGCCCGUCGUGCAUUGGAAAUAUGCAGGCGUGCAGCAGAAAUCACAGAUUAUCGACUUAAGAAGCUAAUUUCAAAUUCUAAUAAUGCUUCUGAAGGAAAAUCACUUGUUGGAAUGGCAGAGGUUGAAGCAGCCAUACAAGAAAUGUUCCAGACACCUCAUAUUCAAGUGAUGAAAACUUCUUCCAGGAUGAGUAAAAUAUUUUUGACUGCCAUGGUGUAUGAACUCUACAAAACAGGAAUGGGGGAAACUACAUUCGAAAAGUUGGCAAUGACAGUCUCAUGCCUCUGUACAAGCAACGGAGAAGCAUUUCCCGGACAUGAUAUGCUAUUAAAAUUGGGUAAGACUUGUAAGCUUGGGGAGUGCAGAAUUGUUUUAUGUGAAUCGGGAGCAAAGCACAGGUUGCAGAAGCUGCAGCUCAAUUUUCCGAGCGACGAUGUCUCAUUUGCACUCAAGGACAGCAAGGAGCUACCUUGGUUGGCCAAGUAUCUAUGA